AUGCCCACAACUAAAAUAAACUGUUCUGCUGUACAGCUGCUACUAGCAAAAGACCAGGAUACCGGGACUUUUCCCUUAUCAUCAUCAUCAUCACCAUCUAAUUUAAUCACAACACCUUAUGGACUAGCACUACUAGAAAUCCAAGGUGAAUUAAACCUACCUCACACCAAACCUGAUAUACCUUUAGACCAAUUACUGCCACUAGAUCAAGAAAAGAUGCGGAAUUUUGUCACCGUUGAUGAUAUUUACGAUGCGGUCAAAUUUGGCCAGUUACAUUUUGAUACUAAAGAUGAUCUGAAGGUGACGCUAUUUAUCGGCAAGAGUCAACGGUUGAUUGGCAAUGUAGUUAAAUUGGAUGUUCCUUUGGGUGUCUUGAAGAUACCGUUGAAUCAACAGAAGCUGAGUAGAGAUGAAGAUGUGGAUAUGGAUGGCGGAGAAACUGAGCAAGAAAUCCAAAUGAUUGAUAUAGUACGAGCAAAAAUGAUAUUUAAGCAACGUCCAUUACCUAUAAUGUGA